AUGAGCUCUAAAAGGAAUCUUUCUAACAGACUGAGAAAAGUCCGGAGUCUGAUUCAAGGUGAGGGAUCAGACUCACCUGAACCCAGCUGUGUGUCCAUGAAGAGUGAUCGGUCAAUGGAAGAAACACCAAAUUUCAGUGACAGAGACCAUUCUACUGAUCUGAGAAACCAAGAGAAAUUAAAGAAAUCACAAAGAAGCAGUAGAAACAAGUUGGAUUCCAUAUUUAAGGAGCUGGAGCAGAAAAUCAUCACUCUGUUGAAAAAUGAGCUGAACAAAUAUAAGAAGAUACUGAGUCCAGAUUACCCAGAAUGCUCUGCGGUGAAGGAUGAGGAGGAUCAAUGUAGUUUCCUAGAGGAGGCACUGAAGAUCACACUACAUGUCCUGAAGAAGAUGAAUCAGACAGAUUUAGCCAACACACUGCAGACAAAGCUGGUCUCCGUUUAUCAGAAGAACCUCAAAACCAAGAUGAUAGAGAAAUAUAAAAGAAUUAAUGAGGGAAUCUCACAGGAUGGAUCAUCAGUUCUCCUGAGUGAGAUCUACACAGAGCUCUACAUCACAGAGGGUUGGAGUGGAGACGUCAAUAAUGAACAUGAGGUGAGACAGAUUGAAGCGGCAUCCAGGAGACCAGCAGCACAGGAGAUUCCCAUCAAAUGCAAUAACCUCAUCAAAGACACGUCCAUCAGAACUGUGCUGACUAAAGGAAUCGCUGGGAUUGGAAAAACAGUCUCAGUGCAGAAGUUCAUUAUGGACUGGGCUGAAGGAAAAGCAAAUCAUGACGUCGUCUUCAUACUUCCACUUCCUUUUAGAGAGCUGAACUUGAUGAAGCAGGAAAAUCUCAGUCUGAUGGAACUUCUUCAGCAGUUUUUCCCAGAAAUCAGAAGUCUUCCAUCAUUAGACUGUGCUGCUUAUAAAGUUUUGUUCAUCUUUGAUGGUCUGGAUGAGUGUCGACUUCCUCUAGAUUUUCAGAAGAAUAAGAUUUUGUGUGAUGUAACAGAAUCAGCCUCAGUGGAUGUGCUGCUGACAAACCUCAUCAAGGGAAACCUACUUCCUUCUGCUCACCUCUGGAUCACCUCUCGACCAGCUGCAGCCAAUCAGAUCCCUCCUGAGUGUGUAGACCAGGUAACAGAGGUACGAGGGUUCAGUGACCCUCAGACGGAGGAGUACUUCAGGAAAAGGAUCAGUGAUGAGAACCUGGCUAGUAAAAUCAUCACUCACAUAAAGUCAUCAAGAAGCCUCUACAUCAUGUGUCACAUUCCAGUUUUCUGCUGGAUCUCAUCCUCUGUUCUAGAGAGAAUUCUGGAUGGAGCUGAGGGGAAAGAGAUCCCCAAAACUCUGACUCAAAUGUUCACUUACUUCCUGAUCUUUCAGAUAAAACACAAGGAACAAAAGUACCAUGAGAAAUCUGACCCUGAUCCACACCAGACCAGAGAGACGAUACUGGCACUGGGAAAACUGGCCUUCCAACAGCUGGAGAAAGGAAACCUGAUCUUCUAUGAGGAAGACCUGACAGAGUGUGGCAUUGAUGUCAAAAACACAUCAGUGUACUCAAAAGUCUGCACCCAGAUCUUCAAAAAAGAGGCUGGGCUGCACCUGGGUCAGGUCUUCAGCUUUGUGCACCUGAGUGUUCAGGAGUUUCUGGCUGCUUUAUAUGUAUUUCUUACCUUCAUCAACAAAAACAGAAAUGUGCUGGUGAAGAAACACACUAGAAUUUUUAACAUCUGUAUAAACUCUAUGUCUGACUUUAUGAAGAGUGCAGUGGACAAGGCCUUACAAAGUAAGAAUGGACACCUGGAUCUUUUCCUCCGCUUCCUCCUGGGUCUCUCACUGGAGUCCAAUCAGACUCUCUUACGAGGCCUACUGCCACAAACAGGAAGUAGCUCUUACAACAAAGAGGAAACAGUCAGGUACAUCAAGGAAAAGAUCAGUGAGAACCCCUCUCCAGAGAAAUCCAUCAAUCUGUUCCACUGUCUGAAUGAACUGAACAAUGAUUCUCUAGUGCAGGAAGUACAACAAUACCUGAACAGAAGAGGUUUUAUUGAUCCCGAUGAGCUCUCUCCUGCACAGUGGUCGGCUCUGGUAUUUGUGUUGCUGAACUCAGAUCAGGAGCUGGAUGAGUUUGAUUUGAGGAAAUAUUAUCCAUCACAUGAAGGUCUUCUGAAGAUGCUGCUAGUGGUGAAAGCUUCUAGAAAAGCUGAGUUGUGGAAGUGUAAUUUAACAGAGGAAAGUUGUGAAGUUCUGUCCUCAGCUCUCAGUUUAAACUCCUCCAGUCUGAAACAUCUGAACCUGAGUAACAAUAAACUGAAGGAUUCAGGAGUGAAGCUGCUCUCUGCUGGACUGGAGAAUCCACACUGUAAACUGGAGAUACUGGAGUUGUGGAAUUGUGAUCUAACAGAGGAAAGUUGUGAAGUUCUGUCCUCAGUUCUCAGUUUAAACUCCUCCAGUCUGAAACAUCUGAACCUGAGUUACAAUAAACUGAAGAAUUCAGGAGUGAAGCUGCUCUCUGCUGGACUGGAGAAUCCACACUGUAAACUGGAAAAACUGGAGUUAAAUUGCUGCAGUGUUACAGAUGAAGGUUUUACUGCUCUGGCUUCAGCUCUGAAAUCAAAUCCAUCAUCACAUCUGAGAGAGCUGCAUCUGACCGAAAAUUAUUCAGGAGAAUCAGGAGUAAAACUACUCAAACAUCUACAGGAGGAUCCACAAUGUAACCUGGAAGAGCUACACAUCUGAUUGUAACACAUUGAAUUAAGAGAAGAAGAAGAUGAAGAGCAGUGGAGAUAAACACCAUCUACUCUUCACACUGGGAUUCUACAAGGUGACGCUUUUUUCAGCUUCUUACUGCUCAUAGCGGUAAACAAAAGCUUUCUAAAAAGGAAGUUGUGCUCCUCUCAUAACAUCACUUCCUGUACAAGAUCAACACUCUCAAAUCCACUCUGAAGUCCUGAUGGACAUUCAUCUCCCCCUUCUAUACAUCACUGCUGAAGUAAUGGGAUUGGAGAGUCCAUCAGGUGUCUGGUACCAUCUGUAUUAAUCUGGUACACUGGACAGGGAUUAGGGCUGCAAAAUGGUUUAAGGGUCCAUGAGGACUGCUUUACAAAACCCUGCAUUAGCUUGAUGCAUUAGCAUGCUGUUCACUGGCCUGUAAUGAAGAUGUUUAAAGCCACUGGAGAUGUUGAGAUUCUGCUUGGAGGAGAACAUGAGGAGGAUUACUCGAGUGGCCAGAGAAUCUCCAAGGAUCUUUACUGGGAAAUAACAGACGUUAGUGAGGUCUCGCGGUCAGAACGUCUUCCUACAUAACCACAAGAUAUUUACCACAUUUUCCAGUUUUCUCUAUUUAUGCAUUGCUGCAUAUGCACACUUGUACUGUAUGUAUCAGACAAUAAAACAAAUUUUUUUUUUAAA